GAGGGAGUUAGUGUUAAUGUGUUAUUAGUCUUAUAAUGAACGCCGUAAUUGCUCUGUGUCACUUUUGUGAAGCUCACGGACCCUCGGCAAUAUUUUGUACACAAACACUAAGAGAUACUAAAUUGGAAGACUUGUACUUUAAUGGGCCGCAGAAUGUAGCCGAUCCCGCACCCAAACAAUGUCCAGCAUGUAAUUCCGUGGGACUGACAAAUGGUUUGUACAGUAAGGAUAAUGAGAGUGGAGCAACAUUCUUGAGUACGCAAGUAUCACCGCUGCCCGAUGUUGCAACCUUGGUGAAACAGGCUGCCGUGCGGAGCCUUAGCUGUGAAAUCACACACAGUAAAGAUGGUGGUUUUGUCUUUUUCGGAGACACAUCUAGAGGUCACGUGCUAAGUCAUACAUUUCAUGUCAGUGAUCUGCAGGCCCGUGGAUUUUAUCAAUUGUUUUCAAUAAUCAUCUUGAUGAAAGAUAAAUAUUUCCUGUUGAAUACCAAACCCUUCUUGGCUGAGCACUUACGGCGAAUAUCUUUGGAGACACAAAACAGUGCCAAACGCAUCAAAGAGGAGGAAGAGUUAAAGGGUUCACCGAGACAGAGGCGCCUUUCUGGUUCACAACCCUUGGUCCAAACACCCAGAUCUUUGGUGGAACUUACGGGAGAAGAAAAUAUCUUUGCCAUCUUGCAUACGCAUUUCUCAUGGCUUUUGUUGGCCGGUUCCAGAUUUCUCACCGAACAUGUUACUUUCGGAAAUUUACCCUGGCUACCACCACAAUCUACCAGCCAUCCCCCACAACAAAGGCUUACAUAUAACAUAACUACCCUGCCAAUGAUUCAGAAGUAUGAAACUCUUGAUGAUCCUGAGGAAUUUUAUUCUCUGAUACACAUCAAACAAUUGCUAAAGAAACCAGAAUUCAUUGCCUUGUGUUAUUGUGCCUUGACGGGUGUUAAGAUCAUUGUCCGAGGUGAUGCCAGACGAACAUUUUAUUUUAUGAUGUGCCUCAAAAAACUUUUGCCCGAUCAAAUGCAUUCAUUGAUCCGUGUCGAUGCCCAGCAUCAGCAUUCAAUUAGUGCCGAUUACAAAAUCAUAUCAAUCUCAAAUGAAAUUGCUGUGCCUAUAGCAAGUGCCUCCAUUUUUAGAGUUGACUUUCUUCCCGAGACAGAUGAUGGAAAUGAUGUCCUAAUAAAAUGGCCAGGAACCGUGCCAAAUAAAUUGCCGGAUUUACUGGUCAAGCUUUUGAAGGCAGUAAAUGAGACACGUUUUACAGAACUGGUCUUGAAUCGCCAUACCAAAGUAUUAGUGGAAGAAUGGAAAAAUAAAGUGAUCUGUUUGAAUCAUGCAAAAUCCACAAAUGGCCAAAAUAAGCUGAAGCGAGUAUUAGGAGUCCAGCCACAAGAUCAAGCCUUAAUUAAUUAUUGGAGUGCUCAUUUACAUUGAAAAUAGGCUUAAUAGAAGAGCAAUAGGUGCUAUUUAGGGGUGUGCAUACGAAUUGAUUUGAGGUUUGGGUAGUCUUGAAAUAAAGAGGAGAAAGAAAAAUGAUGUGGAACCCAACAUUGUAAUCAGUACCCAAAGGAUUUGAUACUUCUGUAGUCUUAAGUAUUUCAUAAGGAUAUAGUUUGUAUGUAUUUUUAACCAUUAGUUUUAAUAUGAAUAUUUAUGUAUAUCAUA